CUCCCUGACUCGCACCUCUCGUCAUCGGCACAGAUCCGUCUGUCUCGAUACUCGCUUCAGUGCUGCGCCUGGUUUGCCUGAAGCAGUCAGUGGCUUGGUUCAGCAGCGUUUUGGCAGGAUGCUUGUUCUGAGAAGGCUGCUGGUGACUGUGUGUGUGUUGCUGCUCGGCACCUCCAUCGCGUCGGGGCAGAGCGACGGCAGUGGCAAGAAGGACUCAGUGGGUCGGGAGCUGAGCUCUGACGAGCUCGAGGAGUACAAAAAGGACUUCAUCGACUUUGACCUCAACGCUGAUGGUACGCAGCCGAAGAACUCGCCUCACACCACUGCGACUGGGUUGGUGGUGGGUGGUGAUGGGUGUGAUGCAGGUCACAUCGAUGCGCAAGAGAUCCGGAUAGCGUUCAAGAAUGAUAUCCACCCUCGUGAGCUCUACCAGUUCUUCUUUGAUGUCGACCAGGACGACUCGGGCACCGGUGAGCUGCUGAGGGGACGUGUUUGGAUGUUACUGACACGUGUGUGUGCUCGGGUGUGUGCGCGUGGUGUGCAGUGACGAUGGAGGAGUACAUUGACUACGCCAUCACUGUCGAGGGAUGAGCGAGCGGUUUGACGGACGUUUAUGAGGCCGUACGUGUGUUGUGGGUGCAUUCGCGCGCCGUCCGAGUGACUCUGAGUUGUGGCUGACUGACUGACUGACUGGAUCCAUGCAUCAUGAGGUUUAAGUACUGGUGUGAAUGCAUUCAUCACCCCUUUACCAGUCAUCGAUUGCACCACUUGUCAGUCGUCCUUGGGUCUAUCAGCCAGCCAGACACACAUCCACGCCAC